AUGGUCAAAUACAUACUAGUAUGCGGUGGUGUUAUCUCAGGUAUAGGAAAGGGUGUCAUAGCCUCAAGUACCGGUCUUUUACUCAGAACUAUGGGUCUGAAAGUCACAGCUAUAAAAAUUGAUCCGUAUAUGAACAUUGAUGCGGGUACUAUGGCACCUACUGAGCACGGUGAGGUAUAUGUCUUGAACGAUGGAGGGGAGACGGAUCUAGAUUUAGGAAAUUAUGAGAGGUACCUCAACGUCUCAUUGAAUAGAGAUAAUAACGUGACAACUGGGAAAGUGUAUCAACAUGUCAUCGCUAGAGAGCGAAGAGGUGAUUAUCUGGGAAGUACCGUUCAAAUCGUUCCACACCUCACAAACGCCAUACAAGAUUGGAUCGAAAGAGUUUCUAAAAUACCUGUGGACGAAACGAGUGAAGAGCCUGAUGUCUGUAUCAUCGAGUUAGGAGGUACAGUGGGAGAUAUCGAAUCUAUGCCUUUCAUCGAAGCUAUGAGACAGUUUCAAUUCAGGGUUGGUCACGAGAAUUUUGCUCUUAUUUACGUUUCUCUUAUUCCUGUGGUGGGAGGUGAACAAAAGACUAAACCUACUCAAGCUGGUGUUCGAGAUCUUCGAGGGUUAGGUCUUCUUCCGGAUCUUAUUGCAUGCCGAUGCGAACUCCCUUUAUUAAGCACCACCACUUCCAAAGUCUCCAUGUUCUGUCAUGUAGCUCCUAAACAAGUACUUGGAGUUCAUAACGUUUCUUCUACCUAUCAUGUUCCUCUCCUUCUACGUGAUCAGGGAUUACUCGAUUAUCUCAAAGUACGACUCAACCUGGAUACUGUCAACAUCACUCCUGCUCAACAACAAGUAGGCAAUGACUUACUUGGACGAUGGAAUCUUCUCACUGCUGGACAAGAAAGAUUAUUCGAUACUGUUUCUAUCGUCCUCGUUGGGAAGUAUACAAGUUUACAGGAUUCUUACAUGUCCGUUGUAAAAGCUCUUGAACAUGCGUCUAUGCGUUGUGGGAGAAAGUUGGAUCUACAAUGGGUAGACUCGUCAAAUUUGGAACCCGCCACUCAAACCAAGAACCCAGUGGCAUAUCAUGAUGCCUGGCGAGCUGUGUGUUCUGCAAAGGGGAUCAUAGUCCCUGGUGGAUUUGGAUCGCGUGGGACAGAAGGUAUGAUAGCAGCUGUCAAUUGGGCUAGAAAAGAAAACGUUCCUUUCCUUGGUAUAUGUCUUGGGUUCCAGGUGGCAGUAAUUGAAUGGGCUCGUAAUGUGUGUGGUUUACAAGAUGCAAACUCUGCCGAACUCGUCCCAUCCACUCCCCACCCAGUCAUUUGCUUCAUGCCUGAAAUCUCAAAGACACAUAUGGGAGGCACCAUGCGAUUAGGUUUACGUCCUACCGUUUUUGAGCCGGGAACAGAGGGUAGUAAAUUGAGACGAUUGUACGGUAAUAAAGAAGUCGCUUGGGAACGUCAUAGACAUCGAUAUGAGGUCGAACCGAAGUAUGUUGAGCGAUUGGAGUCGAAAGGUGGAUUGAGGUUUAUCGGGAAGGAUGAAAGGGGUGAGCGAAUGCAGAUGUUAGAGUUAGACAACCACCCAUACUUCGUAGCUCUACAAGCUCAUCCAGAAUUCUGUUCCCGUCCUCUUAACCCUUCCCCAGCUUUCUUAGGUCUCAUAGCCGCAGCAUGCGGUCCUUCAAUCCUUUCCACCCAAUUAGAAGCUUCAAAAACAUACAAAGAUCCUCAUCCAGAAUCAGCAAAAGUGGUUCCUGAGAGUGAAGCGGUCACCGAAUUUGCAAAAGGGAAAAAACAAGAAGUAGGAGGUAUCAAAGUCCGACAUGAGAAUAAAAUCAAAGAUAUUGAUACACCUACGGAAACGGGAAGUGAAGAGGAAAAAGAAGAUGUAGUUGAACAUCCUAAAUUCUCAACGGCGAUGAAAAGGAGGGAACGUACUUUACAGAAAGUGAAUUCGAAAGCUGAGUUGGAAUUUUCAUAACUGUUUAGGGGGACUUUUUGGGGAUGAAUGUAAGGAAGAGGGAAUGAUUAGUAGGUUAUAUCUUCUAAUGAGAGAUUUCUUCA